AUGGCUACACCAAAAUUAAAUAAGGAACUGUACAACAAUAUCACUCGACUAAAAUUAUUAAAUGCAACUACUUCAGAUCCUAAGUUUGUACUUGAGAAAUCACCAUUUAAGGAAGAUAAUGAUGAGGAAGAAACAGCUGCUUCUGCAACUCCAAAAGAUAUCUUGAUUAUUGGACGAAUUUUUCCAGAAUCAGAAAUAUUUAAAGAAGGUGCAUUUCAGAUUGAAAUGAAAUUAACACCAAAUUUUCCAUUCGAUCCACCAGAAGUACGUUUUCUUACUCAAAUAUAUCAUCCAAAUGUUGCUGAAGAUGGCAAAUUUUGUCAUGAGUUAUUAGUAAAAGAAGCUAAAUAUUCAAGUAAAGUGGCUUUAGUUGAUGCUGUUAAAGCUGUUAUACAAUAUAUCGACAAGCCUAAUCUUGAGCAUCCAAUGCGUGCUAAUGUUGGUUGUGAAUAUGUGGAAAAUCGAUCUGAAUUUAAUCGUAAAGCAUUGGAAUGUGUCAGACAACAUGCUUUGCCACGGAAUUGA